CUGCCUCAUUCCCCUUCACAUCUGAGACCACUGGAUGAAUGUAAGCAAAAGGGAACAUUAUUUCUGCCAUUUGCUUUCAACAGACGCCCCAGAUGUGCGAGGGGGACUGAACAAAUGACACAGGGGAGGGUGCGACUCGACACAAAAUGAAACGCAGCCUUGGUUGCUACAGGUGAAAUUUUGUUUACAUCCGGGUUGUUUCGGACGAUAACAACACACAACACGCAUAGAAGCAGCUAACCCUGUGUAGUGUAGUUGCUAAGCCGAUUUGACACUACGAUGGCAGGGGAGACAGAAGACGAGAUACCUGAAACGGGAGCAGUCUUCACCUUUGGAAAAAGCAAAUUUGCAGAUAACAUCCCCAGUAAAUUUUGGCUGAAAAAUGAUGUACCUCUGAAAAUCACCUGUGGGGAUGAGCACACAGCAUUGAUAACAGAGAAUGGCAAGCUUUUCAUGUUUGGCAGUAACAACUGGGGUCAGCUGGGUUUGGGAUCAAAGACCAUGGUGAACAAGCCCACUUGUGUGAAAGCUUUGAAGUCUGAAAAGGUGCGGCUUGCAGCCUGUGGAAGAAAUCACACUAUAGUUUACACUUCUCGGGGAAACGUGUACUCUACCGGUGGAAACAACGAAGGUCAGCUAGGUCUGGGAGACUGUGAGGAGAGGACAGCCUUCCAAUUGGUGGACUUCUUCAGUUCACAUGGACCAAUCAAAAUGCUUUCUGCCGGCUCCAACACCUCUGCUGCCCUCACAGAGAGUGGGACGCUGUUCAUGUGGGGUGACAACACUGAGGGUCAGAUCGGCCUGGGGAAGGAGAGCAGUGCCCUGACCCCCCAGGUGGUCACUGUGGGUCGGCCAGUGGCCUGGGUAUCCUGUGGGUACUACCACUCUGCCUUCGUCACUGUUGACGGGGGCCUGUACACAUUUGGGGAGUGCGACAGCGGCAAACUGGGCCUGGCCACGGGUCAGCUCGAUGGACACCGCAUGCCCCAGCUGGUGAAGGGCAUCACAGACCAGGUGACCCAGGUGGCAUGUGGAAGCGGGCACACCGUGGCUGUGACAGAGGAGGACCUGUACACCUUUGGCCUGGGUCAGUUUGGUCAGCUGGGCCAGGGGACCUUCAUCUUUGAGGCGAGGCUGCCCAGAGCGGUGGAUCACUUCAGGAAGGGCCGAGUACGACAGGUGAUGUGUGGGGAGAACCACACUGCUGUCAUCACAGACAAUGGUCUUCUCUAUACCUUUGGGGACGGGAGACAUGGGAAGCUGGGUCUGGGAGAGGAGAACUUCACCAAUCAAUUCAAGCCCACUCUCUGUCCACGCUUCCUUAAGUACAACGUCCAAGCGGUGACGUGCGGAGGUUGCCACAUGCUGGUUCUAGCCAAGCCCAGAGACAAGAGCUGCCAGGAAGUGACUCUGGAGGAGAAUGAUGUCACAGAGGACUACCUGGAGAAGUCCUACACAGAGCUCUUAGGGGACACCCUCACCUCCACCCCUGCUUCCCUGAACAGUAGCCUCUCUGCCCGGGUCAGGAGGAGAGAGAGGGAGCGUUCCCCGGAGCAGUUUGGGCUCAUGUUCCGGACCCUGCACCCCCUGACGUCUGGACACCUCAAUACCUCCGCACCCCUGCCCGUGUCCAGCCAGACCAUCCCCUCCAGUCUGCCCCCCAAGGAGCUAACCAACAGAAAGGUGCACAACGGCAUUCACCAACACAGGAGCACUGGGGAUGAGGGAGACAUGAUGGACAACGAGAGUGUUAAAGAUCUGGGAGACACCACGGACUUCCUCAACAUGACUCAUGUGAUGAAAAUGGACCCCAGUUACAAGACGUUGACGUUGUCCCCUGUACAGAAGAGGAAGGGUAAGCUUGUGAAAGGGCGUGGUAAGGCUGGGGAACAGCCAGAACUCUGUACCCCUAGGAGGGUGGAUCCCACCCCGCGGGGGGCACUGCCCACAGAGCUGCUGAGGAGCUCCAGUGACAGGUCUCUGGUGGUAGAGAAGAGACCACGCCACAGGGCUGCCCAGGGCAAAGGCAGUGGCAAGGAGAACCUCGUUGUGGCUCUGGAGGCGAUAAAGCCUGCUGAGCCGAAGGCUGGCCCUGCCAAGCCCUCCAGCAUAGGGGACAUUAGCACGGCCAAGUCCAAACCCUGUCCAUCCGCACAGAAAAAACAACUGUUUGUCGUGGAUUCUAAGGCAAUCCAAAUAAAGGACGCAGCCAAAGGUCAAAGUGCAGAGGUCAAAAGACUCUCUUAG